AUGGUCUUCAGCGCUCGCGCGCUGGGCGUGCUCGCGCUCUUGGGCGCGUGGACGUCCUGGGGCGUCGGUGGGCCCAUGUUUCGCGAGGUUCGCACGACGUCGAGCGUCUUACGAUUGAGCUGGCGCGGGCAGAGUUCGAUGUGUUUCGCGGCGGUGCCGUUCGUGAUUAUUUUAGCGUUGGACGCGCGCGCGCGCACGGUCAAUCGCGACGUGCUCACGGGGAUAGCCGCGGUCGGGACGUCGAUGUUCGUCAUGUUCGUCGGAUGGAAUCACGGGAUCGACCUCACGGCGUUCUCGCACGUCGCGGUGCUGGCGCAGACGCACCCGAUGUUUUUGUGCGUGUGGCAGGCGGCGAGAAAACGGUUCGGGGGAGUCGGUAGAGCGCCGAGUCGGAACGAGUGGAUCGGCGUCGUCGCGUCGUUUGGUGGAGUGGCGUUGACGGCGACGGCGAAGGGGAAAAGCGGCGCGGCGCGACCGCCGACGCUCGUGGGUGACGUCGCGGCGCUCUCUUGCGGAAUAGCCGGAGCCGCGUACGCGUUAUCGAUUCAAAAAUGGUUUGGGUCGUCGGGGAUCGGGAUAAAGAAUUGCCCGGCGGUGUACGUGCAAACAACAGCGGCGACAGUGAUGACUUUAUGGAGUCUUCUCGUUCUCGCGUGCGUGCCGGGGCAGGUGUGGGUGAGCUCGGCGCCUCCGUAUAACAAAGGCGUCUUCGACUGGCCAAAAUCCGACGAUUUCUGGCCAGGUGUCGUGGCCAUCGGGACACUCGCGAUCUUAGGGCACGCGUUUUUAACCGCAGCGAUGCUGAAGCUGCCGAUUUUGGUUUGCUCGCUGGCGAUGACGAUGACCCCGAUCCUGCAGAGCGCCUUCAGCGUAUUAUUAUUGGACGACGACCCGCCGAGUGUGCAAGGAAUCUUGGGCGGCGUCAUAGUGAUCCUGGGCAUCGCCUUCACGCUCUUUUACGGCCAUCGUGAAUCGAAUAUAGACCAGGAGGCCGAGAGUGAGCGUGCGGGCGUUUCCUUAGUCGAGAUCACGGAGGCGCACGAGGCGCCGCCGCACGAAGGCUUCGCCCUCAGGGCAAAGGCCACCUCAUAG